GAUUUGAUUAGCGAAAUGUGACAAACAGUGGAUGCGCCUCGGCCGAACAAGAAACAAGACACUUGUUGCUGAGCAGCCAGAGCGAUCGUGUCCUCCCUCCGUCUGACCCAAUGUAACCACACCCGCUCAUGGACCGCCGCUGCUGAAAGACGGACUCAUGGAGAACGGGACACUGCAGCCUUGCGUGCCCAAGUCGGCGCCUAUCCCGAUUGUGGUCAACGCCGAGAACCGCAAGGAACAGCGCAGAAUUUUCUUCGAAGCCACCAAUGGCCAUUCGCAGAACGGGUCGGACGGCGGCGCCGCGUCGUCGGUCACCGGCGCCAGCGGCACCCAGUUCACGGUGACCACCGUUCGGACACCUGAGGAGGUGCACGCCAAAGAACCUCUGCUGACACCGCACGCCGGCCUCUGGAAUGCGUUCAACUUUUCCGACCCAGCCACCCAGCUCACUGUCCAGUCGAUCGCAUCCAUGGGCAUGGGCUGCACGGACGGAAAAAAGCUGUACCUCCGAAGGGUGCCCACCACCGCCUCUGAACUCAUCAGCAUGGUCAACCCUAUUGCGAGGGUACCAGCAGAUGACGAUUCCUCGUGCAGUAGCUACUCGGACAGCGUCGGACCCCAUGGGGGCACGUAUCGACUGCCCCGGAGACAGCACUGGGCCAGCAAAGUGGAAUUUGUGCUCGCCUGCGUUGGAUACAGCGUUGGUCUCGGAAAUGUCUGGCGAUUUCCGUAUCUCUGUUACAAAAGUGGAGGAGGAGUCUUUCUAGUGCCUUAUUUUCUAAUUUUGGUGAUAUGUGGCAUACCCAUGCUUUACAUGGAGCUUGCCGUUGGGCAGUACACAAGAAGAGGACCGAUCGGUGCCAUUGGCAAGCUUUGCCCGCUCUUGAAAGGAGCUGGACUCUCAUCAGUCAUAGUAUCAUUUAUCAUGUCCACUUACUACAAUGUAGUCAUAGCUUGGGCACUCUAUUACUUUUUCACUGCCUUUAAAUGGGACCAGCCGUGGAAAGAGUGCGGCCACCGCUGGAAUUCGGAUUCCUGCUGGUUGCCUUCGCCUCACGCCAACACCUCCAAACCCAACGACUCGCACACGCCAUCGCAGGAGUUUUUCGAUCGAAAAGUCCUUCGGAUGACCGCUGGAAUAGGUGACUCAGGAGCCAUUCGCUGGGAACUAGUUGCUUGCCUGGUUGUUGCCUGGUUGCUCGUCUACUUCUCGCUAUGGAAAAGUGUCAAGUCUUCUGGAAAAGUGUUUUACAUGACAGCCACUUUCCCUUACCUGAUGAUUUUUGCAUUUCUCGCCCGAGCCUUGACGUUGGAUGGGGCCAUUGACGGGCUUCGGUACUUGUUUCAACCCAAAUGGGAACUUUUGGCUGAAGCAGAGGUCUGGAUUAACGCUGCCGCUCAGAUUUUUAACUCAAUGGGCAUUGCUUUUGGUUCUGUGAUAUCGUUCGCCAGUUAUAAUCGAUUCAAUAAUCAAAUUGUAUUUGACACUUUUGCUGUGUCUCUGGUCAAUGCAAUGACAAGCCUCCUGGUUGGCAUCUUUGCCUUUGCAACCAUUGGCAACAUCGCCUGGGAGCAAAACACCAGCGUGGAUAAUGUAGUCACUGAUGGGCCUGGGCUUAUAUUUGUGGUGUACCCGCAAGCACUGGCUCAAAUGCCGCUGUCACAACUCUGGUCAGUGCUCUUCUUUUUCAUGCUGCUGUGCCUUGGACUUGAUAGCCAAUUUGCUAUUGUUGAGGUGGUAGUGACUUCUAUUAAGGACGGAUUUCCCAAUUGGAUUAAGCGCCACCUUAAAAGCCAUGAAGUGGUCGUUUUUGUGGUCUGUGUGGUUUCUCUGCUCUUUGGACUACCUAAUGUUACACAGGGGGGAAUCUACUUUUUCCAACUGAUUGAUCACUAUGCUGCCUCAAUAUCAAUCAUGUAUGUUGCCUUUUUCGAAAUAAUUGCGAUCUCUUGGUUUUACGGUGCUGGCCGUUUGGCUCGUAACGUUCAAGAAAUGACAGGCAGACUUCCAUCCCUCUACUUCCGAUUCUGUUGGUGGGUUGCGUCACCUGUUCUCCUCAUUGCCGUUUGGGUGUUCAGCUUAAUUGAUUACAGUAGACCAACCUUCAAUAAUGGCCUCUAUGUGUACCCUGCGUGGGCGGAAGGAAUUGGCUGGACCAUUGCCUCCCUCUCACUAAUCUCCAUUCCUCUAAUGGCAAUAAUUGUGCUGGUCAGGAUGCCAGGAACAUCAUUUUGGGAGAAACUUCGCAACUCUGUAAAAUCUCACAUUUACGAAUGCCCAAUCUGCGAGUCUUCUGAUUACUGUGAGCAUAUGCCAGGGGAUGAGAGACUGACCGACCCCUUGGCAAUGGAGCUGACUGAGAAAGCAGCCCCUGCAGUGCCAGCAUCUAUGACGAAUGGACUUCCUAAAGUUUGACCAGGACAACAUUUUUUAGCUAAAAAAUAUUUUGCUAAUGAUCGCAUUAAGAUUAUUGAUUGAUUCAUCACAAGUAGUUUUACUCAUUGUAGACUGAUUCAAAUUUAAAAAGUUGCAAUAUAUUAUAUUAAUAAAUUACUGUCAUUCAUCAUUCUUUAGUGUGUAAGGCUAAUUUUACAUAAAUUUUGUUUCUAUUGCCCACGUUGAUUUAAAGUCAAAAACCAAAUUUUUAUUUUGAAAUAAAAAUUACACAACGCGUAAUGACGUUUCUGAUAAAAAUUUCAGAAGAAAUUUGAAACAAUUUAGUUUGUGAAUAUAUUAAUUAGAAACAUUAUUUUUAUGAACAUAAUCUUGUAGGAUCUAUAGUGUAUAGUGAGAAUGCUUUUGAGCAAAGAAAGGCAAUAAAAUAUUGUUGUACUCUCUUGAA